AUGGAGCUGGCGCUAACAUCGAUCGCGUGUCUCGUGAUGCUCUGUCUCGGUGUGUACCUGUGGGUGAUCCGUCGGUACGCCUUCUGGCGUAGGUAUAACGUGCCUUUCGUCCAACCAGUGCUACCGUACGGCAACUUCCGGGAAAUGGGAAAAUCCAUCCAUCCAGCUCACCUUAGUCAGCGGUUUUACGAGCAAUACAAGAACGCGGAUGGGCUCGGAUUCGUGGGGUUGUACAUCUUUCUCAACCCGGUGUUGAUGGUCACAAACCUGCGUCUGGCCAAGCGAAUUCUCAUCGAAGACUUCCAGUAUUUCCCGGAUCGAGGCGUUUACUUUAACGAACGGGAUGAUCCACUGUCGGCGCAUUUAUUCGCACUCGAAGGUCGUCGAUGGAGGGAUCUUCGUGCGAAACUCACGCCAACGUUCACGAGUGGCCGCAUGAAGGCAGCUUUUCCGCUAGUGCACGCCAUCGCCGAGCAGUUUUGCGCUUUUCUGCAAGAACAGCAUGGUUCUGGUGAGAUUGUUGAGGUAAGAGACCUCAUGGCACGUUUCACAACCGACGUGAUCGGAUCGUACGCGUUUGGGUUGGAGUGUAACAGCUUCCGGGAACCGCACAACGAGUUCCGGCGUAUCGGCCGGAAGCACUUUGACACACCACGGAACCACCCACUGAAGGUGUUCAUCAUGAAGACGUUCCGUGGGCUGGCUAAUGCGCUCGGGAUGAAGCUUCUGCACGACGACGUGGCUGCCUUCUUCCAGGGUGUCAUCGAGCAGACGAUCGAGCAUCGUGAACGGCACGGCACUAAACGAAGCGAUUUCCUCGACCUACUGAUAAGGCUGAAGAAUACCGGCACACUUGAGGGCUCGGGAGAGAUAGUAGGGCGGCUGUCGGGUGCGGAAAUUGCCGCCCAAGCGUUCAUUUUCUUCACGGCCGGCUUCGAGACGUCUUCCAGCGCGAUGACCUAUACGUUGUAUGAGUUGGCGCUGAACGAGGAGAUUCAGCGACGAGCGAGGGAGUGCGUGUUGGAGGCACUCGAUCGGCAUGACGGUGUCCUGUCGUACGAGUCCUCCAAAGGGAUGCUCUAUCUCGAUCAGUGUAUCUACGAAACGCUUCGUAAAUAUCCACCUGUUGCCAUACUCGAACGGACGGUUGCGAAACCCUACCGAAUCCCAGAAACCGACAUCCUGUUGCACCGCGGCAUGAAGAUCAUGAUUCCCGCGUAUGCUAUCCACCACGAUCCGAAUAUUUAUCCCAACCCAGGCACGUAUGAUCCGGACCGGUUUACCCCCGAUCGGAUGGCUAGACGUGAUCCUUGCGCAUAUCUGCCCUUUGGCGAAGGUCCUCGGAUCUGCAUUGGGUUGCGUUUUGGUAUGAUGCAGGCCCGGAUUGGGCUGGCCUUGCUGCUGAAGCACUUCCAAGUGCUGCCCUGUGAAGAGACGGACGUGCCACUUAGCUACUCUCCGAGGGCGUUCGUGCUAACACCAGUCAAUGGUGUGCGGUUGCGGUUGGUGAAAUAUGAUGAGCCCCUCAGCUAGUUUUAUUAAUGGCAUUGUAGGAAUGGUUUCACAUUUUCUCAAUAGCCUAUUGUGCUAUUAAAUGUGGCUUUUUAAAGUCGUAUUACAAAAAAACCACAACAAACCAGUGAGCAUAUGCGGAAAAUUCAUUAUUAUAAUUAUAUAUACACAAGAAAAUUACUCUUAUUAUAGUAUGAUGAUAAAUAAAU